CUUAGCUCCCCCGGCGCGGGCUCCUCCGCUAGGCCAUGGGGUCGCGGGGUCUCCCGCCGCUCCUGCUGGUGCUCCUAAACUGCUGCACCUCUUCGAGCACCCAGGUCGUUGCCACUCCGGCUGCGACCACCCCGGCAGUGACGAAGGAGGAUCUCCAUUCCACCAAGGCCACCCCCACCACUCCGCAGCCCUCCCAGUCACCUAGGACCCCGGGAACUCCCAGGGCACCGGAGCGCUCUGGCCCCAGGCCCACCCCGGUCACGGACGUUGCUGCUCUGUGUGUCUGUGACCUGCUUCCGGCACAGUGUGAUGUCAACUGCUGUUGCGACCCUGACUGCAGCCCCGCGGAUUUCAGCGUCUUCUCUGCCUGCUCGGUCCCCGUUGUCACGGGUGACAGGCAGUUUUGUAGUCAGAAGGCAGCCUUCUACUCAAUGAACUUGACAGCAGACCCUCCUCACCGCAACUUCAAACUCAUUGAUCAGAUCAAUCCUUCUGUCUUCUGCAUCCACAUUUCAAACUACAAGCCUGCGCUGUCUUUUGCUAAUCCAGAAGUGCCCGAUGAAAACAAUUUCGACAGACUGAUGCGGACAUCAGAUGGCUUUACACUGAGUGCCGAAUCAGCUGUUCCUUCCACAGCCGCAUCAGAUGGCCCACAGCCCACUAAAUACCAGUAUGGAGCCCCUCUGCAGACUGCAGGCGCAUCUUCAGGGUCAUUUCUGAAACUGCCCUCGCCUCUCACAUCAUCUAUGUGUGCAGAUCAGAACCCUGCAGCGUUCCUGGUGAGCCAGGCCUUCGAAUGCAGCCGAAGGGUGAACAUAGAACAGUGCGAAGGAAUGGAAGCCCUCAGCAUGGCUCAUUACAGCAGCCCUACCAUUCUGAGGGUACCUAAUUCAACAACACAGGUCUCCAUCAAGAUCCAGUCUGUAAUGUACCGGUCUCUGAAUCACACACUGACGCAGUUAGAAGGCCAAGGUGUCCUGCGGCCAUCUCUGGUCAGCACCAGGCAAGGUCGACUCUGCAGCAACAUUGUUCUCCAGGUGAGGUACAGUCUGCUGUACACUGCCGCAGGCCAGAUCCAGGAAGCCGGCCUCUCCCUCGUUCUGGGGACACUGAGCAAUGCUGUGAGUCUCCUGCAGCAGAAGUUUGAGAUUCACUUUAUUCAGCAUGGCACCAAGCCUGUUCCUCUCAGCGGCAACCCUGGUUACAGGGUAGGACUCCCGCUGGCCGCUGGCUUUCAGCCUCAGAAGGGGUCUGGGAUUAUUCAGACAACGAACAGACAAGGCCAGUUUACUAUUCUUCGGAGCACGGGCCAGCAGGAUUGCCUUGCCAACGAGGGGCUCCGUGCCCCCGUGCUGUUUGGCUACAAUGUGCAGUCUGGCUGUCGGCUCAGGUUGACGGGCACCAUCCCAUGUGAGCUUCUGGCACAGAAGAUGCAGGACCUGCUGAGAGGCCAGGCCUUCCCUGACUACGUGGCUGCAUUUGGGAACUCCCGGGCCCAGGAUGUGCAGGACUGGGUGCCUGUGCAUUUUGUCACCUACUCCUCCAACAUGAAGGGCUCUUGCCAGCUUCCGGUGGCUUUGGGUAUAGAAGUGAAAUGGACUAAGUAUGGGUCCCUGCUGAACCCCCAGGCCAGGAUAGUAAACAUCACUGCCCAGCUCUUCUCAGUUCCAGAGCCCCUCCCAGGACCUGAGAGGACCAUGGUCAUUUCCACUGCAGUGACAUUUGUGGAUGUGUCAGCCCCUGCAGAGGCAGGCUUCCGAGCCCCACCCACCAUCAACGCCAGGCUGCCCUUCAGCUUCUUCUUCCCAUUUGUGUGAUGAGCUGGCCCCCGCAGGACUACCCAUCCUGAAGGUCUUUCCUUCCGCAGCAGUGGGCACCUGGGCCCCAGGCGCAGGAGGACAGGAACCUAGCUGCCACCUCCCCUUGCGGCUGUUACCCUUCAAGCAGCCCUCUGCCCCACUCCACUGCCUUUUCCCUCUUAGAAACUUUGCUGGGCUACUGUGUUGGGUCAGAUGGGUCCAACACCCUGCACAUACAGGUCAAAGGCCACACCCCUCCGGGAGAUGGGAGGGAACAGAGUGUGACGUGGCAGUGCACGGAGAGCCACCUCCUCUGUGCAUCAUCCCUGGUCUAGUGGGAGUUGCCUUCAGAAUGCCCGUCAGCACUGGAGAGGUACAAACCAGCAAGGGGCUGUAUAAAACUGUGUGCGCACAAGGGGGUUGGUCCCCGAGAUCGUGCAAUUACAGGGCAGUCUUGGGGCCCUGCUGUGUGCUGGUUGUAUAACUGAUGGGCUGGUGUGGGCUGCCACUGAGGAGAGAAUGUGGUAGGCAAGCCCUGGGGAAGGAGAGCGCUUAUGUUAUACAUUAAUUGUACAGUAACUGAGAGAUGCUGGUGGGCAAGCCCUGGGGAAGGAGAGCGCUUAUGUUAUACAUUAAUUGUACAGUAACUGAGAGAAUGUGGUGGGUGCAGGGCCAUUGAAGC